GAUGAUGAGCUGAGGCUUUUUCAGCCAUGUUAGUUUUCUGUGCCGUCCACAAACGAUGAGAGAGACGAGUCAUGGCCUUGUCAUUGAGCGGAGACGAUGAGGAAUAUGAUUCAGAGACCGAGCAGCAGCGGGCAGCCAACCGGCCAAAGCCCAAGAUGGGGACGUCGUCAGCUGUUAAGCUGCCGUCCAACCGCAGCUCGUCUGGAGCCAGACGAAGGAGGACACGCUGCCGAAAAUGCGAGGCAUGCCUCCGGACUGAAUGUGGAGAGUGUCACUUCUGUAAGGACAUGAAGAAGUUUGGUGGGCCGGGGCGCAUGAAGCAGUCCUGCAUUAUGAGACAGUGCAUUGCGCCCGUCUUGCCCCACACAGCAGUGUGUGUGGUGUGCAAAGAAGCAGGGAAGGAGGACACACUGGAGGACGACGAGGACAAGUUCAAUUUCAUGCUAAUGGAAUGUUCUAUCUGCAAUGAGAUUGUCCAUCCCAACUGCCUCAAGGUGAGUGAUGCGUCAGGAGUGGUGAACGAUGAACUCCCUAACUGCUGGGAAUGUCCCAAAUGCAACCAUGCUGGGAAAAGUGGAAAAGUAUUGAAGCAAAAAAGGGGUCCAGGGUUUAAGUACGCCUCCAACCUCCCUGGCUCUUUGCUGAGGGAACAAAAGCCUGUGAAGGAGGAGGGGGAUGUUUCUUCUGCCGCCAAGAGGAGACCAGACAGAGAGGAGACGCCCAGGUACAGACCCGAGGAGCCUCUCCACCGACAGCCACCACUGCUGUCCCCCAGCACCCUGCCCCGGCCCAGGCCUGAGGACAAACUGAGGAAGAAGAGGAAGCUGUUUGACGAUGAUGAUGAAGAGGAUCUCAGUUUGAGGAAGAAGGAAAAAUCAGAUGAUCCUUAUUUUUCCAAACUUCUGCACCAAAUCAAGACAGAAGAGGAAGACGAAGAUGUGUAUGAGGAGGAGGAUGAAGACGGAAGGGAACUUCACUUCCGAAGUGGCAUAGAUAGGAAAGGGCGAUUUGGGGACACUGAAGAAGGGGAUUAUAAGGACUCCAAGAAUGACCUUUUGAAUCCCUGCAUUAAAACACCAGUUGGAGACAGUGACCAGUCCCACUGCAGCUCUCCACAGGCUGGCCCCAGCAGCGAAGGUGGGAGCGAGACCCAAGAGAAAGGUCCACGUCCAAAAGCUCGUCGUAAGCGACGUUUACCUAACAGAGAGCUGAGCCGAGAGCUGAGCAAAGCACUGAACCAGGAGAUCCAGAAGACAGAGGACUGCCUGGCCAACGAGAACCGGCAGCCCCUCAAGGUGGAACCAGAGACAGAAAACGAGGAACCCAAGAGGUUGUUUCGCAUCGGUAACGAACUUGGGGAUCAGAGGGCCCACCUCAAGGCCAAAGAGAUGAACGGGACCCCCUGGGAGCUGCGCCACUUCUACCCUAGUCCGAUCACUCCGCUGGGCUUCAACAGGAGCACCCCGACCAAUCGGCCGGUGCCUCCACGCUCCCCACCCAAGUGCGUCCAAAUGGAGAGGCACGUCAUCCGGCCCCCUCCGAUAAGUCCACCUCCUGACAGGCUGCCUCUAAAAGAUGGGAAAACACACGUCCUGCAGCGCGAAGUAUGGAUGAAGAUAUUUCACUAUCUCACCCACCAAGAGCUCUGUGUCUGCAUGAGAGUUUGCAAGACGUGGAACAGAUGGUGCUGUGAUAAGAGACUUUGGACAAAGAUCGAUCUGAACCGCUGUACCUCCAUCACGCCGCUUAUGCUAAGUGGGAUUAUCCGCAGACAGCCAGUUUCCCUGGACCUAAGUUGGACCAAUAUUUCCAAGAAACAAUUAAGCUGGCUUAUUAAUAGACUGCCAGGUCUGCGAGUGUUAAAGUUGUCGGGGUGUUCCUGGGCUGCCGUGUCUGCACUCUGCACCUCCAGCUGCCCUCUGCUGCGGACCCUGGAUGUCCAGUGGGUGGAAGGACUCAAAGAUCCACAGAUGAGGGACCUUCUCUCACCCCCCACAGACAACAGACCAGGUCAACUGGAUAACCGCUGCAAGUUGCGUAACGUGGAGGACCUGCGGCUGGCGGGCCUGGACAUCACUGACACAUCCCUACGUCUCAUCAGUCGACAGAUGCCUUUGCUGUCCAGGCUGGACCUGAGCUACUGCAACCACAUCAACGACCAGUCAGUCAACCUGCUGACAGCAGCAGGGACCACCACCAGAGACUCCCUCACAGAAAUCAACCUAUCAGUCUGUAACCGAGUCACAGACCAUUCCCUAAACUUUUUCAAGCGCUGUGGAAGCAUCUGUCAGAUCGACCUUCGCUUCUGCAAGCAGGUGACCAGGACGGCCUGCGAAAGGUUCAUCGCAGAGAUGUCUGUGAGCGUACCAUUUAGACUGAAAGAGGAAAAACUGCUGCAGAAGGCAAGCUAGUUCCUAACAGGACAAAAAAGGUUGAAAGACUGUCUUUGCACUUAAUGGAACAAAUGGUCCUGUGAUAAGGCUCUGAAUCACUGUCAGGAUAAACUAAAGUGAGAGAUGGAGAGCUUGGACUCUAAUGUAAGGAGGUGAUAAACAUUCACUGGACACAUACAGACAAAAUGGCAUGCAUGUAUUUCUGUUGAGACUGUACUUUUAUAAAGAUGUGCUUGUUAUUGACUGUUGGGUUAUUUUUAUUCUUUAAAUAUUUGAAAACACAGUAUUUUUAUACCAGCAUCAUUUCAUGAGUAUACAGUGUCUCAGGAGCUAAAUAUCACAGAGAGACUGUGCAGCAUGUGAACUGAACAUUAUCCCCUUCAGUUUACCUUCAUGUAUCAGUGUCUGUGUGCCAAAAUCUGCAUUCGACUUUACAGUCAUUUCACUAUCGGACAAAAUAUAGCAUGUACAGUAAUAUCCGACUAAAUGAUCAUAAAUACUUUAAAUAUUUAGAAUGUAUUUCGAUGAUAAAACAGAGUAAACAAAUUCAUAUUCCUAUCACACCCUCAUGCCUUCAGUUAUGUUAGUACUUUGAACUGUGGAGUGUUUUGCUUGAUGGGGUUUUCAUCAAUAUUUCAACAUUAAUUUAUUGAUUUUAUUUUUUUUUUAUUACAGUUUGUAUUUAUUCAGUAACUUGACAUAGAUGUCUGACAUAGCUGGGUUGAAUAAUGCGUGCAAAUAAUUUAUCAGAGUUGUGUGAGCACCCAGUUGGUGGACUUUAACACCCAAAAGUCAGUAGCAGGCACAGCAAACCUGACACUGACUUUCCAUAAUGCAGUCAACCUCAAACAUCUGGUUCUCUAUACUGGUUUAUAUAAGCAACUAAUUAUGACCUUUGCAAACAACUUAUUUGCAUACAUUUAAAAAUGUACUCCAUACGGUAGGUGUUGUACUUUGGGUGUUGUGCUGUAAUCUGUCACCUCAGGUGAAUGUGAUAAUGUUUAUAUUUGUAAAUCCAAAAAUGAAGUGCUAAUAUGCAUUAAAAGAAUUUCAUUUGUACUA